UGUGCCGCGGGAUUUUUGUCAGGGUUAAAGUGUGCCGUGGCUCAAAAAAGGUUGAAAAACACUGAACUAGGGCAUGGGUUUCAGAACACUUAGACUGGAAACAUAACUUGACAGGAAUAUAACAGAAUUUAUUCUGGGAAGAAACAACUGGCAUAUUCCCCCGUGGCCUGUCUUUUAACCGGGGGGUUCGUGAGUUUAAACGAAUUGGACACUGUGCGACUUGGUGACCUUGACCCCCGCAGUAGAGGCAUAACCCCUCAUCACGGCGUUUGUUACGUUCUUCCGCUGAAAGGCGAGAGACACCGAUCUGCAUAGGUUCACCAGGGGUUUUACGUUGGAGGUUCUGUGGUGGGAGUUCCAGUGAGGACAGCUGUGGAGUACUGACCAUGGUGGUCUUACGAGCAGGAUACGAGCGUUCAUGUUGACGUUCUUUUAGUCUGAUAUCAGAGCGCAAGGCGGCGGCUACAAGUUCCUCAAAAGAUAGGGCUUCUGGUUGGGUACAUAAAUGAUCUUUUAUGAUUUCAUUGAGUGACUGGUAAAAAACACCUCGCAGGGCGGGAUCUGUCCAACCUGCCUCUACCGCCAGGAUGCGAAAAUCUACCACGUGGUCGCUGACGGACCGGUUGCGCUGUUUCAGAUUGAGAAGUCGCCUAGUGGCUUCCUCUUGCUUGCAAGGCUGGUCGAAAACUAGUCUGAACUCACCAAUGAAGCGUUUGAACGGCAAGUGGGUGAUGGGGUUGGCUGCGAGGAAGGCUUGAGCCCACUGGAGUGCCUUACUUCUCAGGGAAUUCACAACCAACGUAAUCUUGCUAUGGUCCGAGUGAUAAUAUCUGGGAGCCUGCUGAAAUAAGAGUUGACAUUGGAGUAGAAAGCCUCCACAAUUUUCUACAUCACCCAAAAACGGUUCUGGCUGGAGUCUGUAGUUUUCCGGGUUUGAGGAGGAAGCGGAAGUUCCCAGGUUGACAGAGGGUGGAGCGGGGACUGGAGCUGCGGAACCAGAAAAUUGUCCAGUUAAUUCUAAUAAAGUUUGUGUCACACCGUCGAGACGGCGAAAAAGGUCUUGUUGAGCUGAAUCCAUUUGGGAAAGGGCGUCGGCUUGGUGUCCUAACAAGAUGCCUUGGUGACUUAUGGCCAGACGGAGUCCUUCCGGGUCAGCUGGGUCGGGGUUUUGGCCAGUUCGUUCUGUCAUGAUCUGAACUAGGUGGACCCAGAUGCUGUAACCCGGAAGGAAGAGGCAGAUAGGUGAAAGUUAAGUAAUGGGUUUUAUUUUGAAAGGGCCGGCGGAUCCAGGAGGGGGAUGUGGCGUAGAGCUUGACGAGGAGUCUUCGGCCCGCGGUGUACACGUGAGUUUUUCUGCGGCGGGAUCAGCACUCUUGACGGCGGCGAUAAUGGAGUUCUUGACGGUGGCGUGGCAGGAGAUCUUGACGGUGGCGUGGCUGGAGUUCUGGAGGAGCGUGGCGGACUUCAGCUUCUGCUCGAGAUGGUAGUGGACUCGGGUUACUCUCGUGGAGAAACGGCAGACCAUCAGGGUUAACGAACUGGCGAAGAAAGCUUGAGGUGGAUCUCCUUAAAUAGCAGGUGUGUAGAUGAGGUCACCAUGAAUGAAGACUAACAAAAAAAACAUCUAAAAAAGAUGGAACAGAGAUGACUUUUGACGUGAGCUCGGAUUUGGGCCUGGAUGCUCAACAUGCCACACAGCCCUCCUAAAGAAGAAGCCAAGGCACUCAGAGAGGACCCCCCAGAGCCCCCCAGGACCCACACAGUGAUGUGCGACCACAACAGAGCUUGUGGACGGGGCUUCUCCUGCGAUCGACACUUUGGUCUUUGUGUGCCGCUGCGUGGGGAGGGCCACUACUGUCGCAGGGAUGCCCAGUGUGUCCGUGGACUCAGCUGCAUGUUUGGAAAAUGUCAUCGCAGCAUUCCCAACGGACGAGAGGGGGCCAGGUGUAAAGUUGACAGACACUGUGGGGCGUCAAUGUGCUGCGCCCGGCAUCACGGCGAGCAGGUGUGCAAGAGACGGCUGCUUCAUGGGGAGAGCUGUUAUAUUCCUGACGGCGGCCUGGCUUUCAGCAUCAACCAGAUCUGUCCAUGUGACGAGGGCCUGCUGUGCACCGAAAACUCUAGACUACGAGAGAGAGAUUUCAUUUACCAUCCGGCACGAACAAGUUGGACCUGCCAAGCACCUAAAUCCUGAUGUGAACCUUGAUGCUUCUGAUAUUUAUUUAUGUAAAUUUAUGAACAUAAAGAGAUGUUUGCAUUUUCCUGUAAUAUCAGUUAUAAGUUUUAACAGAAAUUGCCUUUUUAAAAUAUUAGUAUGUCCAUUUUACAAGAACAUUACUGUGCAUGGUUAAGAUCAACAGGCUGUACCUUUUGUCAUUUCAAGUCAUUUUAAUGUACUUUUGUGUUUAUUACUCCUUAGUAUAAAGAAUGAAGCUAUAAAUAAAAGUAAAUACUAAAAGCUUUCCCUUUAA